AUGUCAUUUUCUCCAAAUUCCGAGCGAGGUUCAAAUAAGGGUCAAUUUGCAGGAGGUUUAGACGAUAGUUCAAUAGGUGCAUUAUCUGAACGAGGUGCAGCUUUGGUUCACAAUGAGCCAUCAACCUCUCUAAUUGGGAGUUAUUCUGAUGAUUUUUCAAUCGUGGGAAUGAUAUUUCCAAUCAUUGGACGGCAAUCUGGUAAUUAUUUCACCUUUGGUUUCUUGGGGGGACUAGUCCUUCACAAUUCAGGACUCGCAGGGUUUAUAGAACAACAUGUACCGUAA